GUGCCCCGCUCGAGCUUCAGAUUUUCUUCCGCACUAAUCUAAUCUGAUGACCCGAACCCACUUGUCCAGCCUCGCCUCAUGAUGCAACGCUCUUGUGCGCUCCACUCGAGAGCGAUGUAGGCGUCUUUUUGUCUCGUGCACAGGACCGUUCAGUAUAACUUCAACCUCAUUCUUGGAAGGUUUUUGGCUCGCGCAUCCGUCAUGGUCCAGAUCUUCGCGGCGCAGGUAUUUUUCAUCUGCCUGCGCGAGAGUUUAGAGACCAGCAUCAUCGUCUCUGUCCUCCUCUCAUUUCUUAAGCAAACCCUUACCUCCGAGGAUGAGAAGCCUAUCUACCAAAAACUCGUCCGCCAGGUCUGGCUAGGAACCCUUUCUGGCGUCGCCAUAUGCACCAUCCUGGGUGGCACAGUCAUCACGCUCUUCCACGUAUUCGAGUCUGAUGUCUUCUCCCAGUAUGAAUAUAUCUGGGAAGGCGUCUUCGGCCUGAUCGCCUGCUGGAUCAUCACCAUCAUGGGCGCUGCCCUACUUCGGAUCUCGAAGAUGCGCGAUAAGUGGCGCGUUAAGAUCGCUGCUGCUCUUGAGGCCAACAAUGAUGCUUCGGGAUCUAAUGAGCUCCAGGUACGGGCGGAAAAGUAUGCUAUGUUCUUGCUCCCUCUUGUUACGGUGCUGCGCGAGGGGUUCGAGGGUGUGGUCUUCAUCAUUGGUGCUGGGCUGGGGCUGCCGGCUAGCUCUUUCCCGCUAGCUGUGAUCGGAGGCUUCGGUGUUGGUGCAUUUAUUGGAUACUUGCUUUACAGAGGGGGUAACAAGGGCUCUCUGCAGGCCUUUUUGGUCGCGUCGACUUGCUUUCUGUAUCUGAUAGCUGCUGGUCUGCUGAGUAGGUCUGUAUGGUUCUUUGAGAACUAUCUGUGGAAUGCCGCCAUUGGAGGCGAUGCGGCGGAGACAGGCGUGGGACCUGGAUCCUACGACAUCCGUCAAAGUGUUUGGCAUGUAAACUGCUGCAGUCCCGAAAUCGACGGAGGCGGUUGGUGGGGAGUUUUCAACUCGAUCUUCGGGUGGCAGAACUCUGCUACCUACGGCAGUGUCAUUUCUUACAACUUAUACUGCGUCGCGGUUGCAGCUGCAUUUUUCGUCAUGCAGUUCCGCGAGAAGCAUGGCAGCUGGGCUCAAUACAAGGACAAAGCCUACGCCCGAACAGUCACGUAGACGAUGGAGCUACGCUUCUCGUAGGCAGCUAGGCAAAGGGGAACAAUUGCAACGCAAGAGACAUCUCUAAUAUUCGUCAAGGAAAACGGUUCGAUCGUGUUAUUGGUAAUUUAUGCUUCAAUACAGCAGA